GGUCAGCUCGUUGGGACAGAGAGGGAAUAGCCGCUUCCCGCGCGGCUUCUCGGACCACGAGGCCGCGACGACGUGGGACUCUCCGCCCAGCGGUUCGCGCGCUGAGGCGGGUACGGACCACUGCGUCCGCCCGGCCGCCAGCCCUGCCCACUUGGAAGCUGGUCCUCGGUGAGGCUGCUGUUCCCUUCCGGGCCUCGGGGGGCGCCGUCGGGACGCUGCGGGCCGGGUUGUCUAGGUCUCCGGAACCACCAAAGACCCUUUCAGGAGUUGAGCCAGUGCAGAGAACCCCAUGGACCAAUCCUUUGAAGAAGUUCCAGAACCUAAGAAGGAGGAACCCACGGAGGAGGAGCCCACAGCCAGCAAGAAGAGCACCGACCCAACAUCCCUGUCCUGGGGCUUCAAGACCCGAGAGGUCCGUAUCACCAAGAUCUCAAGCCACUUCCAGGCUAAGAAGACAGAGAAUAUCCUGAUCCUGGUGGCCUUCUCCAUCGGACUUGGCAGCACGUGGCGCUUCCCGUACCUCUGCCACCAGAACGGCGGAGGAAGCUUUCUGCUGAUGUAUCUCAUCCUCCUCCUGUUGCUGGGGAUCCCCCUCAUGUACAUGGAGAUGGUCAUAGGACAGUGGCUACGCGUGGACAACAUCCGGGCCUGGAAACACCUGGUCCCCUGGCUUAGUGGUGUGGGCUACUCCAGCAUGCUGGCCUGUGCCCUGGUGAUCCUGUAUAACAGUGCCCUGGUCUCCUGGAGCCUCUUCUACCUUGGCCAGUCCUUCGAUUACCCUACACCCUGGGAAAACUGCCCCCUGGUGAAAAACUUCAGUACCUCUGACAUCUCCUGCCUUCGGACAGAGCCCCAUCAGUUUUUCUGGUAUCACACCGUCCUUCGAGCCUCCGAUCAAAUAGAAGAAGGGAUAGAAGUGCUGGUUCUGAACGUGACCCUGUGCCUCUUUGCCACAUGGUUCUUCCUCUAUAUCACCAUGGUCACCAGGAUAAAGAUUUCAGUGCUAAUGAUGAUUUUCUCCAUAUUGUUCCCCAAUGUCCUCCUCUUCUGCUUCUUCACCCACAUUUUCUUCGUGAAAGGUGUGAGGGACAGCCUCAAGCGCUUGGUGACCACAGAGCUUUCUAUCUUGGCAUCACUGGACGCAUGGCGUCAGGCUGGAGGCCAUGUUCUCUACUCCCUCGGCCUUGGCAUGGGCACCAUCAUAACUUUCUCCUCCUACCAGACCAGAGGUGAGAACUACAUCAAGUGGGCAUCCUUUGUGGCCAUGGUCAACCUGAUGACUUCGUUGCUAAGCUCAUCUGUCAUCUUCCUUAUGCUGGGCUUCUGGAUAGAAAACAGUGGCACUCCAUGCGUUGAGAGCAAUGUCUCCAAUCUGCUCAGCCUGAUAGCCAACGGUGUGCUACCCCAGGUCGCCUGGCCUCCUAAAGACAUCAUCCAUCGAUCCCCACUGGAAUACCUAGACUGGAUCAGCCAGCUCCCCAAGAACAUACGGAACGAGGUCGCCCAUUUCACCCUGCCCUGCAGCAUCCUGGUGCAGAAGGAAAAGUUCAUGGAGGGCCCUGGCCUGGCAUAUGUGGCCUUCUCUCAAGCCAUCACACUGUUUCCCGGUUCCUCUUUCUGGGCCAUCAUCUUCUUCAUGUCUCUGGUUAUCAUGGGUCUGGGCACCAUGACAACACUCGUGGAGGGCAUCGCUCUUUCUCUGCAGAAAAGUAUCUCCACCCUGGAGAAGCAUCCCAAGCUGGUACCAGUGAUUAUCUGCUUGGGAGGAUUUCUGGGUAGCCUCGUCUUCUCCAGUCGCCCUGGCAGCUACGUGGUGUUCCUGUUCGAUGACCACCUGGUCCCCAUGGUCCUCAUCAUGAUCGUGGCGUUCCAGAACCUCUCUCUGGCUUGGGUCUAUGGAAUCAAGAGGUUCAGGGCUGAGAUGUUCGGCCAGCUGGGCCGCCUGGUAUGGGCACCCUUCACCUUCCUGUGGAGCUACGUGACAUUGCCCACACUGCUGGUCCUGCUCACCAUCUACUUCCUGAAUCUCUACUUCAGCGAAUCCCUCUCUUAUGUCUCCUGGAAUAAUAGCAUGAGCCAGGAAGUGAAGCAGCCUUACCAGAGGAUAGCCCUGGGCUGGGUCACCUUCCUCAGUGUCCUGGCACUGCUGCCGAUCCCCAUGUACCCGCUGCAGCACUGGUGGUACCUGGAUGACCAAAUCAUCUGUGAAACCAUAGAAAAACCUUUGUCCUCCAAAAAGACAGUGACCGUGCCCAAAAGAGUCACCCAGUGGCCUGUGCACCCCAUGAGGAAACUCACCCUCAGGAACCAGGAGAAAAGCAAGGCUUUAUUCCAAAGCAAGACUCCCCCAGAGGCCUUACUUAACCCCCAAAUUCUGAUAACAAAAAAGGGCAGUGAAAACUACUCCAGCUUCAGCUUCCCCAGCACCAGACUCGGCGGUGUCUCCAUGGCCUUCCCUACCCCUGAGGCAUCAAGGCACACUGGCCUCCCAGAAGGUAGUCUUGACUUCCACAGCAAGUGACAGACUUGAGACGUGUGAAGGGCAAGCUCGCAAGAGCCCUGCUUAGCAGCCGCCACCGGUAUAACCAGCGAUGUGCACCAAGCCCAGUACUGGCCGCACGGAAAGCAGAAGACGGGUGUGCAGACACCCAGCCCGGACUUUUUGUAGCCCCCAUGGGCCCCAGACAGUCAUGGAUGGCUCAGAAAUCCAUCCUCUAGCACUGGACACUGUUCCCAGGGCCCCCUCCCUCUCUUUGAUAUGGACACAAUUUGGGUGUGCACAGAUGGGGCCUCUGGCACAGUCCCAGUUACCAAGAGACACGGUGGCCCCCUCUAACCCUGCCGUCAUGCCUGUCAGGAGUGUGGCCAACCUCCCAGGGUCGGCCAUCUCAGGUGGCACCAAGACAGCAAUGUUGACUGUCAAUAAAUGAGGCAGUGGACGACACA